AUCUUUCCCCCUUAUUUCACAACAAAUACUACUUAAUGAUUAAAAACCCUAAACCCCUGAAUCAGAAUCACUUCUUCCCUCAUUUUCUUGCUUUCUCUCUCUUACACUCACAAAUUCUUCUCGAAAACUUUUUGAGGCUCACAUUUUAAUUCAGGGUUAAAAAUGGCCAAUAACAACAUACCCCCUCAGCUAGCAAAAGAACAGGUCAUGUUUAUGGCUGAGAAGGAAAUGGAGUACAGGGUCGAGCUAUUUAACAAGCUUACACAGACAUGCUUUCGCAAAUGCACUGAUAAAAGCUACAAGGAGUCUGAACUGAACAUGGCUGAAAACAGUUGCAUUGAUCGCUGUGUCUCAAAAUAUUGGCAGGUGACUAAUCUAGUGGGCCAGUUGCUCGGAACAAACCAGCCUCCCAUGUAAAUGGUGUUCACUCUAUUUAAGUAAUCACUACUUGCUUGGACAAAGCCGCGGAAAACAAAUUGAUGCUGUUGCUAUGCUGUGGAAUCAAUGAUACCGUUGCCUAAAAAUUUUGUUUCUUUUGAACUGAAUCAUACUUGUUUAAUUUGCCUAGUGAUGGCAAUACUCCUAAUGAUUUCGAUACUAGAUAUUGGUGGAAGGCCACAUUUGAUCAUAUGUUUUGUGUAAGGCUCUAAGUAUCAUUCCUUGAAUUGGAGUUUUCUUUUACUGAAUCCCAGUUCCAGGGGUUUGUUUUUGUUAUCAAGCAAUAAUCACAGACGCACAGUAGUGAAUUUCAAGAUGCUUAA